CUGAUUCAGAUGCCCUUCGCUGCGGAAGUUUUUGAUGUAAGGUCGCCUUGUUACCGUACCAGUUUCAACAUAUCGAACGAUUUGGAACGGCAAAACAGAUUAGAGCAAUGAAUGCGCUUCGGUAGUCGUACACAGCCAGUCGCUGUCGCGCUAGUACUAAAACAAGAAUGAUUUCGGUUCGUUCAAAAAGUUUGGUGGCAGUCGGUGCAAUCGUGCAAAACCAUACACAAGAAAACUUUCGCCUUUCGCUGUCGCCGCUUUCGUCCUUCUUUCAACGUCGUAGCAGUGGUCCUCGUGAAGAUAGAACAAAACAAGGACGAAUCUUGUUCGAAAACCACUUUAAAACCACAGGUCCCACAUCAGCCUCCUUUUUCUGUUUGGAAAAAGUGCUGCCCCAAAUCUAUAUUUUACUUACUACGAAGUCUAAGUAAGUCUAACGCUGCUCAUCACGUACUUGCGAUGCAGGUUAGACAGAGGAUAGGAGCGCGAGAAUUAUCUUUCACGCUUUUAAUACAACUAGCAACAGCAAGCAUCAUGCUCGAUUCUUCUUACUGCAUGUAGUGACAUGUUAUAGAAGGUCGGGCUUUCUUUUUAUUUGUGGCAGAAGCAGUCCUUAUGCUUAUCGUUAUCUCUGCACAAAAGUUCUCUAGGUUUCAUCUUCCAGACACGACAAAUCCAACGCCAGACACACAUCAGGCUCCAACUAGUGCCUGUUUUUACGUAAAACCGCUUCUAAGUAGAUAGCUAGAAACCAUGGGCGGUCAAGACAUGAAAGUUUCCGCGGCCGUCGUCGGCCAUAUGGACGGCUCGGGGGGAGGGCCCGCUGUGUCCGAGAAGGUUGGGCGUCAGCAGUUCGAGGAUGCGCGUUUCCAGAUUGCCCAGGAAAUGAAGAUGAAGCUGGUGAACCGGGUUUACUCGAAAUCUGCAAAAAUGGACUUCUACUUCGGAAUGCUGAUUUUGACAAACCUCGUCGUGCUCGGUUUUGAAGCCGACUUGUCCGAUAAAUCCAAAACCGGCCCUGAGAACCCGUUUUGGUGGAUCGAGUCGAUCAUUUUGAUUUUGUUCAUCUGGGAAUUGUCGAUCCGAUUGAGAUAUGCACUGCAAAAGUAUCGGACUCGUAGUAGUUGCAGCCUCGCAUGACAACAUUACAAAUUCCAUUUUUGUUUCUGAGAAAAUUUGUAAUGCAAUUCCUACUAGUACGAUAGGAUACUUUUGCAAUGCAUAUGAGACUCCACAGUCCCACCCUGGUCACGAUCCACCCCCUGAACGCGCACGAGUUCAACGCGUCCCUCGGGGGAACCAAGGCAGAUUUAGACGAGGUGAUGGAAGGAGGUGGCGGGAUCUCCCCCGCGAACACGAACGCGUCGAACCAAACGAAUGAUAGCAAAAGACCGCACAUGCAGCCGUACGCGAAGGCGAUAAGUUUCAUGGAGUCAAGCGACUCCCUAGCGGAUGAGGAGGACAUCGACUACGUGGUCGUGAAAUACGAACCGUGGACGAUCCGGUUCUGCCUCUCCUGGGUGCACCAGUACAUGGGGACCGAGCACUUCGGCCACUUCGCGUGGCUGGUCUUUGACUUCUUCCUCGUGAUCGUGUCGAUUCUGGACGCGUGGGUCUUGCAGUUGGUAAUGAGCGGCGAGGGGUUCGCGAAUGUUUCUGCGUUCCGCAUCCUCCGUUUGAUCCGGGUUUUCCGAACCGUCAAGUUGAUUCGGUACUACCCAGAUCUGUGGCUCCUCGUGAACGGACUCGGGCAAUCGCUGCGCGCGCUGUCCUGGGUGAUGCUCUUACUGUUGCUCGCGGUGUACGUGUCGGCGCUGUUUUUGGCAGAGCAGAUCCGGGACAACGAAUUUUACAUGGGCUAUCAAAUGCAGAAGUGUCUGGGUCUGGAAGAAUGCGCGACUUGUCAUGCAGCUUUUCCAUGACCCAUGAGGUCUGGAAUGCAGGACCUGGCAUGACAGACUCUGUGCGAUCUCUCUCAUGCCUAUCCUGCAUGAGAAACUCCCUCCCGACUUGGUCAAAACUGGACGACUUUUGGUAAUCAUGCAACGCAGAUUUUUGCAUGUUUCAGAUUUAGCAUGACAAGUUGCAGUCUUCGAGACCCAGACAUUUUUACAUUUUACAUGGGCCCGGACGGCACAAGACACCCAGAUCCGAUGUACCACGAUGUACACGAAUAUUUCAGCUCGGUCCCGAUGGCCAUGUUGACCCUGUUUCAGAUUGUCACGCUGGAGAACUGGGUAAGUUUAGUUUUUGUUUUGCUGGAGUUGUUGAUCUUGUAGUUCUCUCGCGCGCAUCGUUUGCACUAUGAAUGACGAGCCGUUUUUGAAGACUAGAUGUUGAUGUAUCGCAUUCUUUUCAAAUGAUACAAUAGGCAAUAGAAAUUGGCAUGAGGUUUUUACUUUUAGUUGUUUACUAGUAGACAGCACUUGAUCAACCGAACCAAAUCUUCUUAUCACAGCCCGACAUCGUCCGCACCAUGAUGGAAGAAACGUUUUGGUACGGGAUCUUUUUCGUUCUGUUCAUUGUGGGCACGAACUUUAUGAUCAUGAACCUUUUCGUCGGCGUUCUGGUCGAGUACAUUCAGUUAUGACAGUGCACAACUACCCCUCCCCCUCAUUUGUAUGUUGGCAUGAACAGCAAUACAAACGCCAGCACACAUGGAGCCUGUGCAUGACAAAUUUAUGUGCCUAAUGUAGUACUACUAUUUGGGCUUCCGGAUGAAUUUGUCAUGCAUAAUAGUGAUACAAGGGAACAACUGGAUUUGGGCUUUUGCAUGAGAAAUGAGAACGAGGGGGAGUUGUGCACUGUCAUAUCAGUCCGCAGCGAACACCGCGGAAGUGGAAUUGAUGAAGCUCGUGACGAAGGAUAAAAACCGCAUGUGUGAGGAGCUGAAGGAGAUCUUUGCCAUGGUAUGCAUUGCAAAUAAUUCAUUCUGGGUCUGGAAAGUUGUGAUGCUAAUCUGCGGAUCACAAGCAACAUCCAUCAAUAUGGCGACACGCAUGACAAGUUUCUGAGGGACUAGGUCUUGCGUAGACUGCAUGAGAAGCUGCGUUUUUGCAUUACAAAAAAGCAGCGCGGUAGCGGAACAUGCAUCACAGAUCUUUGUCUCCUGUCAGCAGAGCAUUACAAGUCUUGCAAUCUCCCAGACCCAGACAGAUUUGCAUUUGAUACAUGGUGGAUGUGGACAAUUCCGGUUCGUUGUCCGCGGAGGAGUUCAAGGAAGCGAUCGUGACCCAACCGGAGGUAUCAAAUGUAAAAAUGUCUGGGUCUGGAAACUUGUGAUGCUGUGUGGCAUAUCAUGAGGAGGCCACAAUUGCUGGCUCAGCAUGACAAGUUUCUGAGCUUCUAGGUGUUGCCUAUUCUGCGUGACAAACUACGUUUCUGCAUGACAGAAAAGUGGGGCUCUUUGGUAACGUGCACGACAGAUUUAUUAAGAGUCAUGCCAGACAAGCAUGACAAACUUGCAUUCUUCCAGACCCAGACACUUUUGCAUUUGAUAGAUGGUGAAGAGGAAAAUCUCCAACCUUCGCGUGGAGGACGACGAAUUAGAUUGGUUGUUCGAAGUUCUCGAUGCGGACGGCAGCGGGCAAUUGUCCAUCGAUGAGUUUGUCAACGGGGUGUUGCGCACGAGGGACUCGGAGCUUGCUUGCUCCUUGAUGACGAUGCAGAACCUGAUAUUGCGGGAGUUCGGGAAAAUGGACUGUCACCCGAGGUCGAAAUUCUACAAGGGCGAUAACGUUCCGUCGCACGGAUUUGGGCCGAAACCGCCGAGCGCAAGCAACUUGCUUAUGGUGAACCACGCGCCGGCCGCGCCGGGGAGCAGCAGGGGUCAGAAUCCCGAUUCGCACACGCCAAGGAGGCAAGACUCGAAGGGGUCGGGGGCUACGCCGACGCAGGCGGGGGCUACGGGUGGUGGCGCGUAGCAGCCAGCGGUACGGUUACCGCCCGCCAGUCUGCAGCAGAAUGGAAUCCGAAAGCAGGGAAGCAUGGGUGCGCUGUUGGCGUGAAGUUGUGAAGUAAAGGUUUGAUGUGAUUUUCAAAAAAAACACUGUGCCAUCGUUUGAUUUUCCGGUUUGGUUUCUUUUCUACGUACUGUCUACUCAGAACUUUUUCAAAAGAUGACAAAUUUUAUGCGCUUUUUUACCCGACAGAAUUUUUAGCGUCAAGAAUCUUUCGCAGUUUCUGGUGCUUCGUUGAAAUGACAAAAUUUUUCAUCUAUCAUGCAUUCAAUGGAGGUUUCAUGAUCGUUGUUUACAUUUUUUCAUUACAAACGUUUCAAGAACACAACCCUGAUUGAAGUCUACCCAAGAAGUGUGACUACUCCACCCGAUGUCACAUUUCUCUUUUAUUUUCCACCCCCUUUUUCUAUUUUUUUCUAAUUUGGCAAACAUUUCAUACGGUCUGACUGGUGUGCAUUCUAUCCCGAUAAUCGGGUGGAUUGUGUACGGUUUUUGAUGUCGUGAGCCGUUUUUCUUUUCUCCGCGCGAGUGACUAGAUAACGUCGGGACAGCACAGCGCUUGCACCAAAGAAGCAGCGAAAUAGAAGUGGAUGAAGAUGGACUAGACACCAUUGGAGCCUUCUUUUACUGCACGUAGCUAGUGGCUCUCCUGACCAGGUGGAAUUCAUCCAAACAUAAAUCGAUGCUGUAGCCUGCAAUAGCCAAACAAGAAGCUUCUGCUGCACAGAGAGUCAUCUGAUGGCAAAGCAGCGCAACUGAAGGCGGUUUGCAAGCGAGACGAUGAAAUAGAGUCACAGCACGAGCAUCACUCAAACUAACUACGACGAGAUAGGAAGAGAUCACUUACACUUCAUUUUAACCGCAUUCCUUAAGUUGAU